ACUGAAGAAGACACCAUGUGCGCCAAUCCCAACCUGCUGUAUGUGGCCAGUAACCACAAGCUCCACUGCCUCGACAUGCGCUGUCUGGGCAAGAGGGUCUCCGACCGCGCCGUGCUCACCUGGACCUACCAGAUGACCUACCCGCCCACCUUCAUGGACACAUGCAUCCACGACGGCAGCGAGUACGUUGCCAUGAGCAGCCUUCUACCCAGCGAUCAGCGCAUCUGCGAGCUGAAUGGAGCACUGGCCCAAAGCGUGGAGGAAAUGUCUUCCCCCACGAUUCCAUACAAACCCCUCACGAUGGAGGAGGGGCUGAUCGAUGCCCGACUGCAGGGCUACGUUGAUGUGUACGCGGAUCUUCCGGAGCGAGUCAAGGCUUGCGUCACGGGGCUGCGCUUUGACAAGCUGGAGAAGGAGAAUCCCGAUCAUGACUUUGCCCAGCUGCUGACCUCCAACAGCAUCGGGGAUGUAUUCAGCCAGCGGCUGACGGUACGCAACAAGGCGGAGUACAAGGAGUAUCGCACGGGUCUCCACAACAUACCGGCCAUCAGCUACUACGGCUACAAGGUCAACCAGUGCGUAAAGCCGCAGCCACUAAGGUGCACCGAGGUGCAGUCUACUCCCAUUCUAAGGGACAUCAUCAAGGCGGAAGCACGGCGUGCUUCAAUGGAAGAAGAGAAGCCCGAGGAAAUCACCCUCGAGUACGGCCUGGUCGAGUCGCAGGAAGAGAUCACCGCAUCCCAGGAGACAAACACUUCAAAGGAGAAUGCUGAUCCAGUAGCAGCUGGAUCUCCAGAACCGCUCAAAGCGGACGUAAAGAAGAAAGCGAAGGAAGUCAGCCGUGGACCCUGGCAGAAGUCCGCCUACAAGCUGUCCAGGUACACGGACAUGUUGAGCACCCGCCUCCUGAGUGUGUGGGACAUGGACGACUACGACCACACACGGGACGUGUAUGCCAGCAUGAUCAACGAGCAGCUGAAGGAAGAGAAGACGGAGACUAAAGACCGCAUGGACGACUGGCUGAAUCAGCUCAAGCCGGAGUCCCCACCGACGGAAGACGACGACUCUCCCCUAGUGCCCGGCACAAACCUGCCUAAAAGCUAUGGGGUCACAACUGCGGACUACACCCUCAUCGAGUCGAUUUCAAUUGAAGACCCCGAUGUUCUGGUCAGCCCCAAGAAGGAAACGUAUGCGGACACCCUGGGGCCCAGUUCCAGCCAGCGACGAUACUCCAUUCUAGGCCCUGGGGAGUCAACAAUCAUCGAGCACGAUUUCGAGGAAACGACAAUACCACAGUUCGAACCCAAGCCUAAUCCAACGCCUGCCAAGAAACCCAAGACCGUGUACACCAAAGGAUUCUAGUUUCUGACAGACUCCUAUAAG